CUCCUCUGUCCCCGCCCGCCGCCGGCGAGAGGAGGGCUGCGGCUGGCUGUCACUGAGCCUCCGCCCCGUUAGCCGUGCCCGGCGCGGGCCCGAGGUGGAGCGCUGGGACCCGGCAGAGCCACGGGAAGGGCGCCCCAGGCAAGAGGCGGGCCCGAGGCGCGGUGCCGGGCACAGUGACAAAGAGCUGCCCUUCGCUGCCAGCCGGGGACGAGGACACCGCGAAGCCGUCACCCCGCUGCCCACCACCAGCAGGCGGCCGAGAUGUCAGCCGCCGGCGCCCGGGGCCUGCGGGCCUUGCACCACCGGCUCCUCGAUAAAGUGGAGCUGAUGCUGCCGGAGAAACUGAGGCCGCUGUACAACCACCCGGCAGGCCCAAGAACAGUAUUUUUCUGGGCUCCAAUUAUGAAAUGGGGCUUGGUGUGUGCUGGGUUGGCGGACAUGGCCAGACCUGCGGAAAAGCUUAGCACUGCUCAGUCCACUGUGCUGAUGGCCACAGGAUUUAUUUGGUCAAGAUACUCCCUUGUAAUUAUACCCAAAAACUGGAGCCUGUUUGCUGUUAAUUUCUUUGUGGGGGCAGCAGGAGCCUCUCAGCUCGUUCGCAUUUGGAGAUAUAACCAAGAACUAAAAGCUAAAGCAGUCAAUUAAGAGUUCCUGAUCACCCGAACAGUCUAACUGUGGACACAACCACUGGGACCCAGCUCAUUGCUUGAUUAUUCACAAAGCAAUGCUAACUGUGUUAACACUUGGGGGGCAGACAAAAAAAGUCUGGCUGUAAUGGGUAACUAGUGCUUGUUCCACAAAAAAAUAAAGCAAACUUUUAAUAAGUCUCUAUUUACGUAUGACUUAAGGUACUUAGCGAUGGAUAUUAGUGACGUAUUUUUCUACCGUUUGUCCAUAAUAAAUUACCCUUGGUCAUCCAUA